AACGGAUCGUUGUCUAUUAUCCAUAAAUUUGAUGGGUCACAUAGCAACCAAACACAUCGCUCACUCACACAAAUUGGAGUCACAUCUAAGUAGGAGUGUCAUUCUGAGCCUUUGUAAGAGUUAUCAAGCUUGAAGCUAGCUACCAUAAGUGUAACUAGCUAUUAUCUCCCUUCUAUUUUCAAUUGUUCCUACUUCUAAGGAAAAGCUUCUCCCACUGCUGGAUCAAUGAAGGGUUUAGCCAUCCAAAUUCUAACCGGAAGAUGGUUCAUGUUCUUCGCGAGUAUCUUAAUCAUGUCGACGGCUGGAGCCACUUACAUGUUCGGUAUCUACUCAGACGAUAUCAAGAGAACCUUAGGCUACGACCAAACCACUCUUAAUCUCAUUAGUUUCUUCAAAGAUCUCGGAGCCAACGUCGGAGUCCUCACGGGUCUACUCAACGAGGUGACUCCCCCGUGGUUCAUCCUCUUGAUCGGAGCCAUCCUUAACUUCUUUGGAUACUUCAUGAUUUGGCUCGCUGUCACAAAACGGAUCUCGAAACCUCAAGUUUGGCACAUGUGUCUCUACAUCUGCGUCGGAGCCAACUCUCUUGUAUUCGCUAACACUGGAUCUGUCGUCACGUGCGUUAAGAACUUCCCGGAGUCACGUGGGGUUGUCUUGGGGAUUCUCAAGGGCUACAUUGGUCUUAGUGGUGCCAUUAUUACACAGCUGUACCACGCCUUCUAUGGUGAAGACACAAAAGAACUUAUUUUAAUGAUCGGUUGGUUGCCCGCAGUAGUAUCAUUUGCGUUUUUGAGAACGAUAAGAAUAAUGAAAGUGACAAGACAGACAAACGAGCUAAAGGUGCUGUAUAACUUCCUCUACAUAUCGCUAGGGCUCGCCACGUUUCUCAUGGUGGUCAUCAUCAUCAACAAGCUCUCCGGCUUCACACAAAGUGAGUUUGGAGGUAGCGUCGCCGUGAUGCUCGUCUUGCUUCUUUUGCCCAUUAUAGUUGUUGUCUUGGAAGAGAAGAAACUCUGGACGGAGAAACAAGUCGCCUUAAACAAUCCAUCACCGGUCAACAUCGUCACCGAGGAAUCCAGUAUAGAUUCAUCAGAGAUUAAAGAUGAAGAGUCAGACAAGGAGAAGGAGGAGGAGGAGAGGGAGAGGGUGAAAACGGCGUCGUGUUGGACGACUAUGUUUAACCCACCGGAGAGAGGAGAUGACUAUACGAUCUUGCAAGCGUUGUUUAGCAUAGACAUGUUGAUCUUGUUCUUAGCUACAAUCUGUGGUGUAGGAGGGACUUUGACGGCGAUAGACAACUUGGGACAAAUCGGAAGCUCGUUUGGUUACCCAAAGAGAAGCGUUAGCACGUUUGUGUCACUCGUAAGCAUAUGGAAUUACUAUGGUCGUGUGGUUUCAGGUGUGGUCUCUGAGAUCUUCUUGAUCAAAUACAAAUUCCCAAGACCUCUAAUGCUCACAAUGGUCCUCCUCUUGUCCUGCGCCGGUUACCUACUCAUCGCUUUUAAUGUCCCUGGUGGACUCUACCUUGCAUCAGUCAUCAUAGGGUUUUGUUGCGGUGCGCAAUGGCCGCUUCUACUUGCUAUAAUUUCCGAGAUUUUUGGUCUUAAGUACUACGCAACGUUGUAUAACUUUGGGGCAGUAGCGACCCCGAUCGGGUCUUACUUGCUAAAGGUUUGGGUCGCAGGGUAUUUGUACGACGUGGAAGCGAAUAAGCAAAAUAAGGCAUCAGGGAACACGAGUAGGGAUGGGGAAGAUUUGAAUUGCAUAGGCACGUCUUGUUUUAAGUUGUCUUUUAUAAUAAUUACUGCGAUAACUUUGUUUGGUGUAUUGGUCUCGAUGGUUUUGGUGGUCCGAACCAAGAAGUUUUACAAGAGCGAUAUCAAGAAAAAGUUUAGAGAGAAAGCCCGGGCGGCCGAGAUGGAGAUGGCAGCGCCGGUUCGAGCCAGAUCCACCACGGCGGAGGAAGACAAGGAUGAUGUAAAGGCAAACUAGUAGGCAAAGGAAGAGGUAAAGUUGUUGGCGAUGGUUAAAAAGAUACUUGAUAUGUAAAAAGAUGGUCAACUAUUUAAAAAUUAAACACUUUUAUAUAUCUCCCUAGUCCAUCAGUCAUGUUUUUAAUAGCUAUUUUAAGCAAUAUUUUAAUAUUUGAUGUUGUAAUCGUAAAUUGUAACAUUUAAUACCUUUAAUACACAAACAUUUAUAAUU